GUGCAGAGGGAGACGGGGAGAAAGAACGAUGAGAGGGCGAGGGGGAGAGAAGAGCUGAAUAAAUCGGUUGAAAUCACAGUUUGAUUGGGGGGGGGGGGGUUUGUGAUCAGUGAAGACACCCAAGGGGGACCCAAGGGGACCCAAAAGGAGCCGGGACGCGCCUGGAGAAGAUGGCAGGAGAUGAUCCCAGAUAACUGAGGGAACCGGUGAAAAACUCUUCGUUUGUGGCUGAAAUCUUGUACAGAAAACAGCUCCACACUUUUCCAGUUGAUAAAUAAACCAUCAAAACACAAACAAUGGCAUCCUACACCGCUGCUCCAACACAAGAGGCGAGUAAUGGCGGCCCUCCAUCUGUGAAGUCUGAAGGCUCUCAAGAGUCCAUGAAGCUGAAGAAAGAGAUCUCCCUCCUGAACGGGGUGUGCCUGAUUGUGGGCAACAUGAUCGGCUCGGGGAUCUUCGUCUCACCCAAGGGCGUCCUCAUCCACAGCGCCUCCUACGGUCUCUCUCUGGUGGUGUGGACCGUUGGUGGGAUCUUCUCUGUGUUCGGGGCCCUGUGCUACGCCGAGCUGGGGACCACCAUCACCAAGUCGGGGGCCUCCUACGCGUACAUCCUGGAGGCCUUCGGGGGUUUCCUGGCCUUCAUCCGCCUGUGGACGUCGCUCCUGAUCAUCGAGCCGACAAGCCAGGCCAUCAUAGCCAUCACGUUCUCCAACUACAUGGUGCAGCCCGUUUUCCCCACCUGCAUAGCUCCGUAUUUGGCCAACAGGCUGCUGGCUGCUGCCUGUAUAUGUUUGCUGACCUUUGUGAAUUGUGCCUACGUGAAGUGGGGCACCAGGGUCCAGGACUUCUUUACCUAUGCCAAAGUCAUUGCUCUCAUUGCUGUCAUCAUCACUGGCCUGGUGAAGAUCGGACAAGGUCACACUCAGAAUUUCGAGGGCCUUUUCGAUGGCUCAUCUCAGGACCCAGGGCACAUUGCGCUGGCUCUGUACUCGGCUCUGUUCUCAUACUCUGGAUGGGACACCCUCAACUUUGUCACAGAGGAGAUCAAAAACCCAGAGAGGAACCUGCCACUGGCUAUUGCUAUUUCCAUGCCCAUAGUGACUGUGAUCUACAUUCUGACCAACGUUGCUUACUACACCAUCCUCCCCAUCAAUGCAAUCUUAGACAGUGAUGCUGUAGCUGUGACAUUUGCAGACCAGGUGUUUGGCGUGAUGAACUGGACUAUUCCCUUCGCUGUGGCUCUUUCCUGCUUUGGAGGACUCAACGCCUCCAUCCUGGCCUCCUCCAGGCUUUUCUUCGUGGGCUCCAGAGAGGGCCACCUGCCCGACUGCCUGUGCAUGAUCCAUGUCCAACGCUACACUCCCAUCCCUGCCCUGCUCUUCAACGGCGUCAUGGCUUUGAUAUACCUGUGUGUAGAAGACGUCUUCAGGUUGAUAAACUACUACAGCUUCAGCUACUGGUUCUUUGUGGGUCUGUCCAUUUUGGGGCAACUGUAUCUGCGCUGGAAGCAGCCGGACAGAAAGAGACCCCUAAAGCUCAGUCUCUUCUACCCCAUCAUUUUCUGUCUCCUCACCAUUUUCCUGGUGGUCGUGCCGCUCUACAGCGACACCAUCAACUCCCUGAUCGGCAUCGGCAUCGCCCUCUCAGGGGUGCCCGUUUACUUCCUGUGCUGCUACACUCCAGCCAGUAAGAGGCCACUGUCUCUACGGCGCUUCAUUGCUAAAUGUGGCGUGCUCAUCCAGAAGGUGUGCUACUCUGUUGUGACUGAAAUGGAUAAUGACAAGGCAGAGUAGAGAGGUUUGGUUUUUAACACCCUGCCGGACACUGACGACGCACAAACAUAAGAGGCUCAACCUGAACUCUUCUCGGCCACUCGCUGCCACCACACGGGCCUCGAUGGACGAACUCUUGGGCUUGAGCUGGACCCGGCUCUCUGACCUGUCAAUCAUCACCGGGUGAUAAUGUUAAUGUAUGUUGGCGCCUGGGUUCUUGAUGGCAAGACUUCACUCUAGCUGACUGUGACUUCAGAGAGAACAUUUUAAUGCACUCCUGAAGAAAUCAACUCCUGUUUCUAUUACAGAACAGUAGAGAAUUAUUUAAUUGAUAUGUCAAGACAAGUGUUUUGUGUGAAAUUAUAUGCAUGUAAUAGUCUUUUGAUCAUUCUGGAAAGUGGCAAAUUAAUAUGGUUAAAUUGUUUAAGUGGACAGGAGAACAUCCUUGAAACUGAAAGCACUGCUGACCACAGACACAGCCCUGGUAUUAUCGUCAUUUGCAAAAAGAAAAAGGAACAGUAAAAGAGAUCGGAGUACGCAACUCCACGUUUACUGUGGAGGAAAAAGUCCAUAUAAAGUUUUAUACUGUCAUCUGUGAGGUGUAGUGGAGUAAAGGGCUAUUUUUACACAGUGUAA